GGAGGACAGAGGUGAGGAGAAGAGACGGAGAGGAGAGAGGAGGAGAAGAAGAGGAAGAGGAAGAGGAAGAGGGGGAGAUGACCGCUGGACGGAUGGAUUUUAUUCUCCCCGAGCUGCUCGAGCCUCUGUAAGACGAACAUGGGCUGCAUCGGAUCCCGGACCAUCACUGUGGAUGCGGUUCCGGUAAAGAAAGAUGGGGAUCAGUUGUCCAUGGAGGACACCACUUCGAUCCUGCCUCGCCUCAAUAGGAAGCCCGCGCAGACCUACGGGAUCGGCGCUCUGGCUAAGUCGUCUCUGACAGGUGUGUCAGGCGUGAGUCGCUCCAUGAAGGACAAAGUGACGAAGCCCACCGCCAUGGCGCAGGGCCGCGUUGCUCACAUGAUCGAGUGGCAGAGCUGGGGCAAACCAACCGCGGGGCCGCCGGGCGCCGUUGGACAGGCCAACCUGCAGCGGGAGAAGGAGCGGAGGCUGGAGAACGACCUCUACAGCGACCUGAGCGACGGCGAGAAGGAGGCUCGCUUCGCCGCAGGCAUCAUGCAGCAGUUUGCGAUCUCCGAGGCGACGCUAUUUGGCUGGAACUCCAUGGACGGCGAGAGUAUGGGCGCCGGCUCCAACCAGGGCAGCGUUGCUCACCUGAGCGAGGUCAACCAGGAGAGCAUCACCAGCAGAGACCAGGUGCUCCACCACUCCUCUGCCGACGUCUGGCCUCACACCUACGUCUCGCAGGGCCUGUACUGCCUGUCGUCCUCCGACGGCUGGGACCCGAUCACCAGCCAGCCCUCGGGCGUGGCCUCGCCUUCCGCCGGCUCGUACAUCAUGGCCGCCGGUGGCAGCAACGGAGCGGUCGGCACGCCCGGCGAGGUGUUUGAGGAGUCGAUGGGCGGUUACCUUCAGCAGCAGCAGCACCAGACUCAACUCACCCUGCAGCAGCACAGUCAACUCCAUCAGCUCCAUCAGCUCCACCACUACCAGCAGCAGAUCCUGCAGUUCCAACAACAGUCUCUGGAGCACAGGCUUCCCAGUGCCUCCCAGUCCCUCCAGGCCACGCCCAACAGCACCAUCCACAGCCUCGGCCCCCCCACCCACCCUCGCCUGGCUGACCUGUGGGGCGCCGCGCAGGCGGAGGCACACCAGGUGGAGAGCGCCGGGCAGCUGAGCGGGCAGAUGGCUGAGAUGGUCGGAGUCGGGGAGGAGCCCGGAGAAAUCCCUGGACAGCAAGAAGAGGAGGAGGAGGAGGAGGAGCUGACGAAGGUGAGUCGCCUCUAUGGAACUGGAACAACCGGAACAGCUGCAGUCCUUCGGCUGAAUGUGUCACUUCCGUUCUCCGCAGGUAGAAGACGUGACGCUGACCUUGGAGCCGGUGCCGUGCUCUCUGACCCCGUCCCCGCUGCGGGAGGAGGCGCCCUCGACGGCCAGAGGUUCGAGCCCGGGACUGUCCGCGCAGAGCGGCACACCCGUCAAGGAGAGGAUACUGUUCGACGUCACGCCCUGCGUCAUCCAAUCGCUGGAGGAAGAAACCGAGGAGGGCGCCGUUGUCUUUGUUGCGACCAACUGAAACGUGCGGUUUCACGAACAGACUGACAAAAAAACAAAACAGGAAAUGAAUACUCUAAGUAAUCAAAUCAAGCUAUUAUCCUGACCCCUUCCCAACUAUUUACCCAGGAGAAGAAAUAGGAGAAGACUUUUUUUUUUCAAAAAAUGGAAACGUGGGAUGUAAAUGUGCACAGACUGAAACGCCAGGAAGCCCCAAAAGUCGACGCGGGAAAUGAGGAAUGUUACGAAUGAGGUGACGAACUAAUAAACUCUGAGGUAGGUGACAGAUUCAGUGACAAGAUUGAUUCAUGGAUCUGAAACUCUCAACAUAAAAAAAAAAACUAAGAUAGGAAAAGAACAAAGGGCCUAGUUUCAAAAUAAUUUAAAAAGAAAUUCAGUGCAAUACAACAAACAUGGACACGACCGGACUUGGGGUCAAAUAGUAUUUGCAAAUAACUCACACGUGUCGUAGUGUGAAAUGUGCCCGGUAACAGGGAGCGGUUCCAUUUUAUACACGUGUUUUGGGUUUGAUUGACAGCUCACCUGAGCCCCCCGGGGCUGAGCUGCCCCCCCCCCCCACCCCGACGCCACGAACCCCCGGUCGGGUCGGAUCCUCGGAGUCAUUUGCGACAAACAAAUGAUCUGGACACAACCAGAAAAAAAUUAAGUGCAUGCUUUUCAACAGUGACCCAGCCCCUAAGCGUGUAUAACACAGUAUACAAAGUAAUAAUAUAUCAAAUUGCUCUUUGUAAUAAAAGAGGGGAAAAAGGAAAUUUAAAAAAUCUAAUAAACCAAUGUAUUUGUAUGAAUGUAAGACUUGUAUGUAUGUUUGUACGAAUGUAGCUUUGUCUGUGUGUAAAAUAUAUAUAUAUUCUGGGAAACAUUCUUUUGGCUGCUGUUCUGUUCCACCAGGAGUUUUACUAAUGAUUAAUAACAAUAAACUUUAUUAAUGUA